ACAAGUGGUCAGAAGGUUGUGAGUUCAAAUCCCAGUGCUGCUGGGCCCUUAUCCUUCAACUGCUCGUUUGUGUAAAUUGAGAUAAAUGUAAGCCACUGUGGAUAAGGGAUAAGGUUGUCCGACAAAUACUUUAUACAUAGUUGCCAAGAACGAUCAGUACUGAUAGGUGUUGGUUUUGAUACUUGGCACGUUUCCCCCUUUCAAGUUUACACAUGUCCCUCAUUGCAUAACAUAAUUUAAAAAUCCAGGUAGGUUCUCUCAGUUGAAGUGAAAUUGAUGAAAGGGACAACAAGCUAAAUGCAUUUCUCUGUGUGUUUAGUGUUUGCUUUUGCUGUGGGACAUGAAGGUCUCCAUGUCCACGGCCGUGAGCAUCUUCAGGUGAUGGGAGCAGACCAAGCUGUCUUUGCCUACAAGGGUGAAGAGGUCAUCCUGAACUGUUCUCUAGAUGGACAAGUACCAGCCAGUAAGAUAGAAGAAGUGAGCUGGAAAAGGACAGACGGAGACCAAAAUGUCCUUGUCCUGCUUUAUCAAAAUAAUGUUACCAUCCCCGAGUCCUCACAUGAGAGUUACUGGGAUAGAGUUGAGCUCUUUUCUUCUGAAAUCUCCAAAGGGAACUUUUCCCUAAAGCUGAUGGAUGUACAGAUGGAAGAUAAAGGAGAAUUCAUAUGUGAGGUCCAUGCUAUGAACACGUCAGCACGUACCACUGUGGUUCUGGCUGGUGUAGCCAUCAGUGAGCUCAUUUGUGUAUUAGCACCUCCGGCCAUGGUGAUGAUGAUGGUGCUCUCUCUACAACGGCACGUUUUCGAAGGAAAACCUUUUGGUGUGGAAAUUGCUCUGUCAUCUCUUAUUGUGACAAUAUACAGCCUGGGUGUAAUUAGCAUUUUUAUUCUUUUCGCUCGUACAUUCAAAGGAUUUGUUAAAAGAGGAUGGAUGAUUCUGUUUGAAGGUGUCAUGUUUAUAUUUGCAUGGUUAGUAUUGAUUUGUUUAUUGCGUUGCUACCAAAGACCGAGACAAGAACGCAGCUCACACUGUCGGAAAAAAGGAUAUUUAUUCUGCGGGGUCGUUGUUGCGUUUCUAAUCACCGUGCAUGGCAUAGUGUACUUUAGUUGUAUAUACAUCAUGACGGAACACAAAGAGCGUGCCGGAUAUCUGGCUCUCACGCCACUGAUCCACGUUUUGGCGGCGACGUGUUUGUUCAAACAUCCGAAACGUUUACCUGGUUAUUUUCACAUUAUGGUCUACAUGUUUGGAGCUGUAGGCCUCAGUGCUGUAAAUGCAAUCGCUCUCACCACAGAACUGAUCCUGAAAGCAGGGAACGGAGCACGGACUAUCGGAGAUCUACGAGUGAUUGUUUUAUCUCUGGAAACGGUGUUUAUUUCUGCUUGGCUCGCUUUGCAAAUCUACAACGCCUGUGAGUACUGUCCAAAGCCAUCGGUUAUAAUAAAAGCGACAUGCCAUGACCGUUGCAAUUCCAUAACGAUUCCUAAUACAUCAUUCGCAUUAAAAAGAGAUGAAUAAGGGAUAAUGUUAUAUUACAGUGAUUGUGCAAUUUUGCGCAAGAAAUGAAAAGUAAUGGAUAAAAAGCUUUUCUUACAAUUUCACUGGUUAAAAUGUUGACGAAAACUCAACUGGAGUUUAGAAUUCAGACAGAUUUGUCGGAAAUUGUUGUCUAUCUAAUGAUGUUCUGUAUAUGAUACAGGGAUGAGACUGAGAGACAGGUAAGCUCUUUUUUUUUUUUUCUUUUUUAACUUAUAUAGAAUUUUUCAUUUUAAAAAGCCGAACGGCGGCCCUUUCCAGAAAUUCACGUUCCGGUUAUUGUUUUAAACAGGCGGUUUUGAAGAUAAGAAAGUAACAGCGCCUGAGGUAUGAACCAUAAAAUGUCAUUUGUUUGCAUUCAGAAGUCUGUUGUUUUUGAUUUCAUUUGAUUUAACUGGAAAUGGUUUGUGUUGAGUCAAAUGUAUUUAUUGUCUUGCCUUGUGUAACAACAAAAAUUCUGAAUAAGUCUUACAUUUUAGGCUCAUUUAUCAUUUUUGAUGCCCACGGAUAACAUGCCAAUGUUUAUUUAGCUAGCUAUUUUUUUAUUAUUAUUAUAAAAUAUAGCCAGACCAUUCAGAGGUUUUUCCUGAGAUGGAGGGUCUUUCAGCCGAGCCUUCCUGACUCGACCCCCCCCUUAGCGGAUCAGGUUUAUCGUCAAAAAUCGACAAGCUUUCAGCUGUUUGCGAUGAACAAAUCAAACAAAAGCGAUUGAAAUCAUUCAACACGACGAACGCUUCAAGCGGUUUCUGCAAGUUCAACUGAAAAUGCAACUUAUAAUGAUUUCUCCAGUUUCAGGCAUCUUUAGUACGUAGCAGAGCACCCUUUGGCUGUUAUGACCUGCUGUAAACGUCAUGCAGAGCUUCUGGCAAAGUUCCUGAGGAAUCUUACCCCAUUCCUUAUGAGCAGCCCAUGCACAAGGUGUUCUUGUGCUGGAACACAUGAAAUACCUGGACGGAGCAGACAAAGGAAGCCAUCAAUGGCUGCAAGCAGAUUUCUGAGAUUUCGGAGGUUGUGAAAAACCCUCGAGUAACUGACUGCAAAAGACCUGCAGCAAGACUAUACGAAUAUAAUAUAUACAAAAUA